AUGCCAAACAUCUGUAUGACCAAUUUUAAUUUUGCAUUAAAAAAUAACUUGUUUAAUACUGGAUAUAUGAAAACAAAGAAAAUAGAAACAAGUGCAGAAAAGUUGCGUAAGCUCUUAAAAGAGGAAAAAAGGCUAAAGAAGAAAAGAAGAAAAUCAUCUUCCUCUUCAAGUGAUUCUUCUGCUGAUGAAUCAGUUACUUCUUCCUCAUCCUCUUCCUCUUCUGGUCACAAAAGGCAUAAGAAACGUAAGAGGAACCGUUCAGAGUCUUCUCGCAGUUCCAAAAGGCAUUCAUCUAGGGCAUCCUCAAGUCACAUAGAUCAGAAUAGGAAAGAUGAGUCCUACCCAGUUCCAACUAACACUUCAGCAUCUUUUCUUAACCAAAAACAAGAAAUGGAAAAACUGCUGGAAAAGCAGGAUAGGUUACAAUAUCAAAAGACACAGGUGAAAGAAAAAGAUAGAUGCCCUCUCUCUUCAUCUUCAGUUGAAAUACCGGAUGAUUCUGGAGGUAGGUCUGAAGAGCCAAGAGAUUUUUACAAUAGCUAUAAAACCCAGGCAGGUAGUAGUAGCAAAGCAGAAAAACCAUAUAAAUCAGAAAGACAUUUUUCCAAUAGAAGAAAUUAUUCAGAUUCCUUCUGUAGGAAUUCAGAGGACAAAAUAAAAAUGUAUGGUUACAGGAGAUUUGAAAAGGACACAGAGGGAAGAAAAGAGUACGAUAGAAGGUGGGCCAGGUUCUAUGAGGUAUUCACUUCACCAGCAAGUUCAGACUACUCUUGGAAGUCAGUUGAAAAACACAAAAAGUGUACUUACUCUGGAUCACGUGAUUUCAGUAGACAUGAGCAAAGAUACAGAUUAAAUACAAAUCAAGGAGAAUGUGAAAGAGAGGAUAUUUCUGGGGAGGAUAACAAAACAGAGGUUCCAGAAAAAGAUAGACUAAAUAGCAAAGAACAAUCAGAAAGCAGAGUUAAAAAAAAUUUGCCCCAAAAUUUACUCAAUAUAUUUAAUCAGAUAGCUGAAUUUGAGAGAGAAAAAGGAAAUAAGCCAAAAAAUUAACAAACCAAGCACUGUUAAUAAAAGUUUUAGGGUGUUUUAUUAGUCCUAAUAUUCCAGUACAGAAAUAUUUGUAGAGGUUAUAGAAAGCUUUUCAGGUCUCUGUCUCAACUUGAGUUUUAGGCUUUUCAUGGGUAUGUUCAUGUACCAUAUAUUUCUUACUCUGACAGUGUAAACUUCUUCACCUAAAGGUAAAUCCUGAAAACAUUGUUUCUUCAUUAUAUUAUGGUGUAAGAAUUCCUAGGCCCACCUUAUCUUUCUGUCUGAGAGAAAAUUAAAUUUGUGCAUUGAACACUUGGAUAAUUUUCAUCAAAAAUAACUACUCUCUUUUCUGUUAAACAUUAAAAGCCCUCAGAUUUUGAAAAAGAUUGUAUGUUUGAA